AUGGCUGGCACCAUACCAAGCACUUUUCGCCCGGUCCUCACUCGCUGCGGCGUCCUUGACCCCCCACCAGCACUCACCCGCCUGCUUCAAUCCCUCAGCCUCUCUGUCAUUCAGGCCACCUGCCGCGUCCAGAGCAACUUCCGCCUCCAAUGCAAACGCCUCCGCGUCUCCGCUCCCUCCGGUCCCUCCCCUAUACACCUGGCGGCCAUCCUCCAAGGUCAGCCCCCGCCACCGUUACCGGCAGGUCUCCCCUCCCCCCGCCGCUCCGGCCGCCACACUCGCCCCUCUCUCCGUCUCCCUGCACCCCACCGUCCCUCCCGGCCGCAGCGCCGCCGCCGUGCACCUACCUCCGUGCCCCACACCCGCGCGGCGCCCCCACGCCUGCCACAGCCUUCAAUGCCCGUGCUGCCCCCGCGGCGGUCCUUCCGGGUCCGCCGACCACCCACGACCUUCCCUUUUGAUGACGGGGGCUAG